CUAUCUAAUAUUGAAGGAAGACAUUAGACAGUUUAUUUAAUUAUAGUGCAAAACGAACGAUUUACUACACCUACAACAAGUGUCAGUUAAAUGAAACCUAGUGCCAAGGAUGAGAGGCUGACGUUGAAUGUGUAUAUUAUUGUGUUGCUGGUUACCACGUGGUAUAAGCUGAAAGAUUGGAAGGCACCAAUCGACACCAGCAAGAAGCCGAUAGUGUGGAUCCUGGGGGGCCCGGGGUCAGGCAAGGGCACGCAAUGUGAGAAGAUCAUCGCGAAGUACGGCUUCACCCACCUGUCCACCGGCGACCUGCUGCGGGCCGAGGUGAAGAGCGGCUCCGACCGCGCCAAGACGCUCACAGCUAUCAUGGAAAGAGGUGAGCUGGUGCCGAAUGAGAUAGUACUGGAGCUGCUGAAGGAGGCGAUGCUGGCGAAGGCUGACGAGGCUAAGGGUUUCCUGGUGGACGGCUACCCGCGGGAGAAGUCGCAGGGCAUCGCCUUCGAGAGCGCCAUCGCACCCGUUACUGUGAUAAUCUACUUCGAGGCGUCGUCGGAGACGCUGACGAAGCGGCUGCUGGGUCGCGCGGCGAGCUCGGGCCGGGCGGACGACAACGAGGACACCAUCAAACUCCGCCUUAAGACCUUCCUCGACAACAACGACCAGGUGCUAGCGCAAUACCCCGACAAACUCAAGAGGAUAAACGCCGAGGACUCAGUAGACAACAUCUUCAGCCAGGUGGUGGCGGUGCUGGACCCCAUCGUGGCGGCCAACUGAGCGACGUCGCAACUGUACAUAGGGAACUAAACGCUUGUUAUAUUUAAAUAUUACCUUUGUUAUA